UGGACGAAGGCAAUACUUUCACGCAGAAACGCUGUCGUUGGCAUCUAUUUAUACGGUGGCCUCUAGACUACUUUACAAUGAACUGUUGAUCUAUAUGAAUCAACACCACCUAACUUCAGUACAGCGCAAUCUUACAGUCUUGCUACAGUCAAUAUAAGCAUAUUUCAAGAACGCUUUCCCGGUUGAUCAUGCAGCAGUCCCUGCUAGAAGUCAAGAUCUAAGCCAAUCUAGCCAGGCUACCUCUUCGAGGAACAAUGAAGUCUUCCCAGAACUCUAGAAACUGCAGCCCUUCUCUUUAUUCUCGCCCUUCAAGAUCCCCCUCUCCGAGCCGUCCCUGUACACCAAGUUCGUUUGAAUGUUUCUUGACACUGCAAGGAGGUCGAAGCUCUGCGGUAGAUGUGCUGCCGUCUAAUCUUCAACAAACAAAAAUCAAACGUCUGACGGAGACUGAGGAAUAUCAGAGAGCUAUUUUUGAUGCCUCUUACCUGAAGGCUGAGAAUGAAUGGCUUCGUCAAUCACGAAAAUCGGCUGUAGAACUGCAUGAAGGCGCUGUACUUCCAGUGACCGAAUCGCUUGCUCUAAGUGCAAACAGCAUUCACAGUUCUCUUGCCCAUUUUCACAUUGGAUUUGCAGCGGUAGAACAGUUGAUUCAAAUGUAUAAAAACCCGGCAGCUGCCGAUGUUGAAACCACACUGCAAGAGUUGAUUCCUGCGUUCGAGGAAUGUCGAAGAGGGUUGGACGGUAUCAGGGCUGCCUUGAUAGCCUUAGAGAAUGGAGGCCAAAAAUACUCGCAUCAUAUUCAGAAGUCUAACAAACACUAUGCAGGGUUCUUCGGUAUAAGCUACGAUGAGCUGAACACAACGGUAUCCGGUGCAAGAGCCCGGAGGACUCAAUGACAAGUGACCUUAGUUUUCAUUGAUAAAAAGUCCCCGCAGAAGGAAAAAGUGACUUGCUUAACUAAUACACCUAUUCAAUUAACUUG